ACUAGGAGCAGACGACGUUUUCUACGAUCGACCGACCUAUCACGCCUACAUUAUAAAUUUGAACAAAAUAUAAGCUAUGAUUAAAAAGCUAGGGCCGACUGCGUUUCUAAAGGAACUGAAUAAAUGUCAUGUUGUGUCAGUGAAUUUAUUGCGCUCUUGCUCGUCUUGGAAUGGUGUAAAUGUGAGAGGUAACUCGAAAAUUAACACCUCUGAAAAUACCGUCCUUUCAAAGCCUGUUUCAAGAUUACAACACACUGGAGGUACCAAUUUGGCUGCUAAUAUUCCAGAGAGAGAUUUCUUCAAGGCAAUCCUAACAGAAGUUAAAACUACUCAGAACAGAGGAUAUGCUUUCAUCCACGAUACAAGUUAUAUUCACUCUGAUGCGGACCAGUACAUCAAUAGAGGCAAGAGCACAGAAGACACAUUGUUUGACAUGUUCAGAGACGAGGAAACGGAUCUCAUACAUAUCGGGAAGUUCUUAGCAGCUCUUCGUAAUUCAGGGCUCCGUAAGAAUGAUCCAAGACUGCACGACUUCGCAGAUCACUUGAAGAAAGUUCAUUUCAAAUCAGGAUCUGAAGGCGGUUCUCCUGAAACCCAGAAGCUUAACCGGGAAACUUUUAAGAGUGUGGUUUCAUCCAAUCUAGUCUUAAUAUCUCGAGCGUUUCGAAACAAUUUCAUCAUCCCCGAUUUUCAAGGGUUCACCAAAUACAUUGAAGAGUUUUACUGGAAAUGCAAAACAAACACGGAGGGGAAAGUAGCCAGUUACAUCCCACAGUUGGCCAGAGCUAACCCCAACAGUUGGGGCAUCAGUGUGUGUACCAUCGACGGACAGAGGUUUUCCAUAGGAGACGCAACUGUGCCCUUCACACUGCAGUCAUGCAGCAAGCCGCUGACGUACGGGAUUGCAUUAGAAACUCUUGGACAAGAAGUGGUUCACCAGUACGUGGGUCAGGAGCCUAGUGGUCGCAACUUCAAUGAGUUAGUCCUCGACCAUAACAAGAAACCUCACAACCCUAUGAUAAAUGCUGGAGCCAUUUUAGUUUGUGCAUUGUUAAAAACACUGGUGGAGUCAAAAAUGACAUUGGCGGAGAAAUUUGACUACACUAUGGAUUAUUUUAGAAGAUUAGCUGGAGGAGAAUAUUUAGGCUUCAACAACGCUGUUUUUCUAUCAGAGAGAGAGGCGGCCGACAGAAACUACGCUCUUGGAUUUUUCAUGAGAGAGUACAAAUGCUACCCCGAGAAAACAAACCUUAAGGAAUGUAUGGAUUUUUACUUCCAGUGCUGCUCUAUGGAGGCCAACUGUGAGAGCAUGUCAGUGAUGGCUGCUACUCUGGCCAACGGAGGAAUCUGUCCAAUCACAGAGGAGAAGGUUCUACGACCAGACUCCAUCAGAGACGUUUUGUCUCUCAUGCACAGCUGCGGCAUGUACGACUACUCAGGGCAGUUUGCCUUCAAGGUAGGUCUACCAGCCAAGUCAGGUGUCAGUGGGGGAAUGCUGAUUGUGAUACCAAACGUCAUGGGCAUCUGCACAUGGUCUCCCCCUCUCGACUUCAUGGGUAACAGUUGCCGCGGUGUCCAGUUCUGUGGGGAACUUGUGAACGUUUUCAAUUUCCACCGAUAUGACAACCUGAAGCACGCCACCAACAAGAGGGAUCCUAGAAGACACAAGUACGAGACCAAAGGCUUGAGAAUAGUCAACCUCCUGUUCUCAGCAGCCAGUGGGGAUUUGGCAGGCUUGAGAAGACACCGACUAUCAGGCAUGGACAUGACUCUUUGUGACUACGAUGGUCGGACAGCGCUACAUCUGGCUGCUGCCGAGGGACAUCUAGACUGUGUACAGUUCAUGCUGGAGCAGUGCGGAGUACCUCACAAUGCCAAGGACCGGUGGGGCAACACUCCACUCAACGAGGCGAUGACGUUUGGUCGAGUGCAGGUGGUCAGCUACCUGAAAGAGUGGGCCAAGUCACUACCUACUGAAGAAGUCAACGAACCCGAGACUCCGAGUGUAGAGCAGACAUCGCCUCUUCCUCAGUAGAUCAUUCGGUCACUCGAGCGCAACAAGACAAUAAUUGCAAAGGUGUGCAAACAUUUCAGAUGAGACUUAAAGCAUUCCUAACCUAACAGAUUGAGAGAAAAGUACAGUCUAUCUAUACCUUCUGAGAUUUUUAUUACAGGUUAUACUUGAAGGAUGUUUACUGUAGUCAAGGGCCUGGUUUCUCCUUCUUUUUUGUUAUUGUUUUUGUGAAUGGAUUUUUUUAAUGAAAUAAACUCGCCAAGGUUUAAGGAAUAGUGGUUCAACCCCUUAACAUUUUGUUGGACAUGGUGGGAAUUUUAUAUACAAACCACUAGGCUGGCAACACACCAUAAACUUGUUUUGAUUUUUUUAAAGAUUUUAUAGAAGGAUUUAAAAGAUGCUUGUAAAAACGUCUAUCUACCUCAAAGAUAAAUCAUUCUAAAUAACACUUUGCUGUGAAUUAUUAUAAUUUACAAGAUUUUUACAUUUAGAUUUAAUUUAAAUAAUUAUUAGGAAUAUUUAUUUUUAAUAACCAUCUACAAUAGUUUCAAUUGUUAAAAUCCGUCAUAGGUCCAUAACUGCUUCUGCUUCUAGGAUGUCCUUUUUACUUAACAAUGCUUGGUUCUAGAAACAGAAAGGUGAGAAUUCUGAGUUGUUUGCACACCACUGUUAUUUUAUUGAAUCGAUAUUCUGUCCAAUUUUCCCCCAGUCAUAGUUGUAUAAGUGUUAGUGUAGAAUAAGGCAGUGGAUGAGUGCAAGGAAUUUCUAGUGUAUCACUGGAGAUAUUUCUCAGUAUUUUAUUUACUUAGAUUUAAUUGUGUAAUGUCUUUAUGUAAAUUACUCUUGUAGCACAGAAAUUAUCUCUAACAAAUAAUUUUAUGUUAAUUAUGCUUCCUAAAUGAUUCUUUAGUGAGGAGUGUGUAGUAGGUGUAGUAAGUAAAUUCAUCCAGGACAUAAGUUGUUCUUUGCCUUUGAAAAAAAAUAUAAAUUUUGAAAUAAUUAAACAAAAAACGCAAUCGUGAAACAUUUAUUUUGACUUAAUGUAAAAAUUAUAAUAACAUCUAAAUACUUAUCUUUAAUUUAAUUAAAUUGUUUGAUUAAACAAGAAUACCACUUUAUCUUGAGGAUUAAAUACACUAAUGUUUGUAAAUUACAGUUGUCAAACAUUAUAAAUUACAAUCACAUAAUAACAAAAUUAUUAGUUUUAAACUCGUAUUUUUGUGAAAGACCUACCUGUUUAUUUUCUUGGUUUUAAAAUUUCCUGGGCUUAAAAAUGUUAUUUAACGAGUUUGGUUUGAAAACGUAACACACUAUGUGACAAUGCCAAUGUAUGGUAAGGAAGGCUUCAGAUAAAGUUUCAAGGAUAUUUUGAAGACAUAAAUCAUGUAUAUCAGCAUGAUCUCUUUUGAUAGAUAUAAUAUUCUGAUUAAUAUAUUGAAAGUCACAAAGUCCUCAAAGAUAUGUGUUUUAGCCAAAGAAUGACUGACUUCUUUAGUUAUUAAAUAAAUAUAAAUAGAUUGUUUCUGAGAGCAUAAAACAAUAUUAAAAGGAACUAUUUAUAACCAUUACCACUUUAAUUCAAUGUUACUUGAUAGCAAAAUAAUGUACUUAGUCGUUAAAUAAUAGUAUUUAGUUUUUUUCAAAUGUUAAAGUUCUCUUUAUCAUAUCAACUUCAUAAAGUGCUUGCCUUACAAACGUAAGAGGUUAAACAGAAGAAGCCUAAAUAUUUUGUACAUAGCAAUCUAUUUAUUAUAGUUUUAGACUAGCCUCCAUUAGUGGCUUAGCAAAUAUUUAUUCCACCUAGUUUUAUAGUUAAGUUUUUAAGCAUACAGGGAAAAUGUAAGAAUAUUCAUUUCAUAGUCAUGACACAAUAAUUUGACUCAAGAAUCAGUUUGCUGACAAUUUUGUGUACAAUUCACAGUUAUAUUUGUAGUUAGUUGAUGGUGAAAAUGUUAGGUUUUUUCUUGAGUUUGAUUGAAAUCAUGAGACUGCAACCUCAGGGUUUUGGGUUAGUGCUUGGAACUCUCUUAAAUUUCCAAUUUCCUUGCUAAUCUUUUAAUUUGAAACUUUUUUUUAUGAUAAUAAAGUUAGCCUUUGAUUUUUUUUUACUAAAUAAUUUUAAGUAUAUCGAAUUUGGAUAAGAUUGUUUUAAAACAAAAGUCUUUACUUGAAUCAAGAAUAUAAAUUUUAACAGCUAUGAGGCUACUCGAUCCACCUCAGAAUUAGGCUAAUGUUCUCAAAUUGUCCAACACCUAAAUAGAAUUGUUUGUAAUAAUAAGAUGGAGAUUACCAAGUUUCUUCCAAGUUUCCACAUUUCUUCUUGUUUAAACUAUUUGAAAUAAUUAGACUAUUGGUUUAGCUUUUCACUUUUUACUAGAAAAUAUUAUAAUAUAAAAAGCAUACAAACUAGUUUUUAAAACUCUCACCAGGCUAGUUCAUGGUAGAAGAAGGAGGAAAUCCAGUUGUUACCUAACACAUGUUUUUCAGCAACAAUGUAUUCAGGUCUUCUAGAUCUUGAAGUUCACUGUUCACUUUUUAGUCACUCAGGCCAAUUAAUAGUAUAUGAAAUUUAAUUUGGGUAAAUUACUUUUUGAGAUUUGGUUUAGAUAUAUAUAAUUAUUUUUACUUUAGCUUGUGUUUGAAAUAGAUUUUAAACAUAGUAUAUUUUAAAUAGGCUUUUAGGCUUAAUUGACUGGUAAUAGGCUAUUUAUAUAUUAUUUAAUUAUACAAAAUUUUAUGAACUGUUGCAAGACAAAUUGCACUAUGACUGAUGAGCACAUGUUUGUAUCUGCCUAGAAUAGGUUAGAAGAGAUAGAUAGUUAUUUCAUGGUGAGGUAGCCUCUGGAUCACUAAAUUUAAGCUAAAUGGUUUAAGUUACCUGGCUUCGUCAAGUGAUCCUUCUUCAGUAUUACACUACUAUAGUUUCGGACUUGAAAAUAAGUCCAUCUUCAGGUUAACA